GGGGAGCGGCCAGUGAGAGCUGGGGGCUGAGAGCUGGUGUUUCAUUAACUGAUUUUUACAGCUCUGGAGGCUUCAGGUGUCUUUUCUAAGAGUGAGUAAAAGGGAGACUUAGUCUAUUCCUGUGUAAUGAAAGGUUCAUGAGACACAUUUCUUUGGUCAUACCAGUCUGUCCAGUUUUUUUCUUAUCUUCAAAAGAAGACAGAGAGCAAGUUGUCCUCACUCAAGCUUUUGGAUGUGUUAAGGGCUUGGGCACACUCGCCCAAGUUUUGUUUGAUCACAAUAUUAGCUGGUCGAUUCUGUCCAACAAAGUGGGUGAGAUCUUGCAGAGGACUCUAUCAGGGGCUCACUGGACGCUUCUUAAGGGAAGGAUGAGCGUUUUUUUGUACUUCAUCCUGCCAGCGUUGGGAGGAUACAUUCUCACCUCGCUGUACCUGCUGAAGAACCCACACAUUCUCCACAGGAGGAAACGCACAGCCUUUUACUGCACAUGCAUCUCACAUAGAGGAGGAGGCGGAGAGAGGAUAGAAAACACCAUGGAGGCGUUCACACACGCAGUACAGCAGGGCACGCAGAUGCUGGAGCUGGACUGUCACUUGACACAUGACGGCCAUGUGGUGGUGUCACAUGAUGAGAAUCUGCUUAGGCAGACCGGACACGACGUCACCGUCUCCUCACUCAAUCUACAGGAUUUGCCUCUGUAUAAGGAGAGACUGGAGGUGACAUUUUAUGCGGGUCACUACAGCAGCGGUGCAGACAGGAAGUUCGCUCUGCUGGAGGACGUCUUCAGGAAGUUCCCCAAGAUGCCUGUGAGCAUCGAGAUCAAAGAGAACAACCACCAGCUGAUAAAAAAGGUGUCUGACCUGGUGAGACGCUACAACAGGGAGGCGUUCACUGUCUGGGCCUCUGUGAACUCCAGGAUCAUGAAGGAAUGCCACAGAAUGAACAGCUUGAUGCCGUACAGUUUCACUGGGGAGCGAGGUGUGCUGCUUCUGCUCCUCUUCUACACCGGCCUGCUGCCCUUUGUGCCGCUCGGAGAGAGUUUGCUGCAGUUCUACCUGCCACGCAUCUUCAACAGGACCUUCUUUUCUGAGAAGCACAUCCUGAGGAACAAGCUCAUCAUCUCUUUGUUAGAAAAAGUAACUAUGAGGAAGAGUCUUCUUAAACACCUCGCAGCCCGUGGAAUGCAGGUGCAUUUGUUUGUGUGCAAUGAAGAUGACGACAUAAAGGCUGCAUUUGAAGUCGGAGCCACAGGGGUUAUGAGUGACUAUCCGACUGUUCUGUCAACCUACAUCCGCAAGAACAGAAGUCAGGAUUGACCUCGAAACACAUCCAGUCACGAUAACUCCAAAGUGGCAGCUUUCUGACGAAUGAGGGGGGAAAAAAAGAGAAAAAAAGAAAAGCUUUGUAAAUAGAAGAAGUGUGAGACCCACUUCCACGCCCAUGACAAGAUUAGUCAAAGAGCUGGCAACUAUUAAACACAGUGGGAACAAAACUAUCAUUCUGCUCUUUAAUCUCAAACCCUAAUCACUGUUGAUAGAAUUACUUGUUUGUUGUGUGAUCUGCAAUCAGUUCAUUCAAAUGGCCUCCAGCCACAGCCUUUCAGACACAGCCCAGUGUUCAGAGAAACAGCCAUUGAUUCUCUCUUACAGCAAAUCUACCAGUGCUAGAGUGAAUGUUUAACCAUGUCAGCUGACAUCCCUUUUUCUCAUGAUAAGAGAGGAAACGUGACUUUGUUUUGACUGUUUCGAAUGUUAUUUUCUGACAUUAUUGAUUGGUUUGAGUAAGUGUUGGACAAAGUAAAUAAAUGACGUGGGACAAUUCACUUGGAGCUAUGCUGUCAUAUUCCUUUUUCUGUGCUGAUAAGUUGA